AUGGAUUUUUAUCAAGCACAUACAUUACUGUCUCGACGACUUUACAAUCGCGUGCAAAAUGACGUAGAAAAAUAUCGUCCUUUAGACGUGAAGUUGAGUAUUCGACUUUCAAAGUCUAGAGCACACUGUUUAUCACAUAGCAUCAAAACAGUAGGCGAGAAUCCCGAUUGCAUCCCAAAUGUACGAGCGAAUAUGAUAAUUGUGGAAGUAGUAAAAGCUAUGCGACAAUUACGGUGUCAAGUGCUUUUCGCUGGACUUCAAUUACACUUUCAAAAAUCAGAAUCACUUAAAAACGUACAUGAAGGAUUCUUAUCAAUAGAUCAAUUUGCAAUACGAAUGGAUUCCUUUUCGUCUGAAAGAAGCAUUCCGUGGGAUGCUGGAUCAGUUGAAUAUGCAUUUGCUUGGGAAAUUAUCAUCGGUGAAGUGAUAGGAGAAUUAGAUCCAACUCAGGUAGACAAAUAA